AUGUCAUUUGCAAUCACCGCAACAACAUCCAAGGAAUGGGCAAUUCAAAAGGUUUUUGACCCCAACGACGUCGCCGGGGCUCGACAAUCAGGCUGGACGAAUCCAAUUUACACCAAAUACCGAUCCCCCUUUAUCAUCUGCAACAAUAAGACAACUUGCUUGAGGUACCCACCCUCAGGCACCGGGAAAACCAGCUGCGAGCUAGUUCGAGUUCUCCUGGAUGACGAGCCAUGGUCCAUUGGAGAUGAAAGAUUAUGUCAGCAAAUCCACACUGCCGGCAACCUCGCCAUCGCAAGCACAACAUUCAUCGGUGUUGCAUUCCUUCUCACGGUCGUUCUGGUUCUCGCGUCGGUACAAUUUCUAAAUAGCAGUUCCGCUAACGGCACUGUCGCUUCCAAACGGGGAGAGAAGACUGCCGAUGGUGAUGGCGAAGCCCGUGGUACGACAACCACCGAACGAUUGCCCCAGCAAAGGCACACAUCCUUCCUCGGAUCUACAGCUCCGUAUUUGAACCUCGCCCUGAUCGUCUUCUCCUUACUCGGAGCGGCCAUGUAUUUCAUCGCACAGUUCUACGGCGUUGAAGCCUUGGUGCAGUCGGCUCCCGACAACGGGGCCCUGGAUUCAGGGCAAGGCUAUCUCGAUCUACGGGACGAUCGCCUGGCUGGCGAGCUUGAUGGCAGCUGGUGCGGCGGCAAGUACGUGGGGUCUACCGAGUUUCGGAAAGCUGCUCUGAACGGCGACCGAGGGUAUUAG